AUGCGAGCUGUCUACGCGCUCCUCGUGGCCGCGCUCUCGGCGCAGGCCUACCUCGCCGUCGAGAUUCCUCCCGUCGACCGCAACCUCCUUCAGAGCUACAAGGUGCCCACGCCCAAUGGCCAAGAGCUGGAGGCGCUCAAGGGCUCCAAAGACGCGGUCUUUGUCAAGUUCUACGCGCCGUGGUGUGGCCACUGCAAGACGCUGGCGCCGGCCUGGAAGGAGCUCAGCGCCGGCUUCUCGGUGCUUGAGAACGUGGUCGUCGCCGAAGUCGACUGCGAUAUCCACACGGACGUGUGCGAGCGCCACGACAUCAAGGGCUACCCGACGCUCAAGCUCUUCCGCGGCCCAUCUGCCGUCGAGGAGUACAACGAUCAUCGCAACCUCGCCAAGCUCACGAGCUUCUUGACGUCGCGCAUCGAGGCGCCUCUCCACGCGGACGCGUCGCUGGUCGCGCCGACGCCCAUCUUGAUGCCGGUGCUCGUCGUGCUCUCGACGUUCACGCUCGGCCUCCUCUCGGCGCUCUACCUCCUCUGCCUCCGCCCGACCGAGAAGGUCGACCGUCCGCAGUUCUUUUGCAAGCCCGACAACGCGACCAUCAAGCCCGGCCACGGCGCCGUCUACCGCGUCGGCCCGUUUCCCAAGCCCGCCUGUGACACGAUGCUUGAGGCGCUUCAAAAGUCGGUGCAGCACAACCCGAAGAGCAACUUUCUCGGCCACCGAGUGGUCGACGCGAGCGGCAAGAACAUCGCCGCCGGCCUCAUGCACGAAAAGAUGUUUGAGCGCACGUCCAACGGCGACCGCAUGCUGUGCAUCUACAUGAAGAACCGCCCGGAGUGGGUCCUCGCGCAGUACGCCGCUUUCUACUGCGGCGGCGCCAUGAGCUGCCUCUACGACUCGCUCGGCCCGUCCUCGACCACGUACAUUCUCCACCAGACCGAGGCGCCGACGGUGGUCUGCACGACGGCCGAGCUCCAGAGCGUGCUCACGGCCAAGCCGACGACUCCGACGCUCCAGUUUGUGGUUCUCUGCGACGUCGACGUCGUUUCCGAGGCCGAUGUCGUGGCGGGCGCGGCGCUCGGGCUCACCGUCACGACGCUCUCGGCCAUCGAGGCCAUCGGGGCGGCCCACCCGAUCGCGCCGACGUACGCCAAGGCGUCGGACCUCUGCUUCCUCAUGUACACGAGCGGCACGACGGGCGACCCGAAGGGCGUCAAGCUCACGAGCCAGAACAUUCUGAGCUGCAUGAUGGGCAUCGAAGACCGGCUCCGGAAGGGCAAGCUCUUGCAGGUCUUUACGCCCAAGUCGGUGCACCUCUCGUACCUUCCGCUGCCGCACAUUCUCGAGCAGCUCAUCCACGCCAUCAUGAUCAACAACGGCGCGUCCAUUGGCUUCUUCCAGGGAAACACGCUCAAGCUCAUGGAGGACCUGAGCGAGCUCCGCCCGACGCUCUUUGUGACGGUGCCCCGCCUCCUCAACAAGAUCUACGACAAGAUUGUCGGCGGUGCCAACGCCGGCGGUGGCUUCAAGGCCUGGCUCUUCAACUACGCGGUCUCGACCAAGCUCGCCAACCUCCAGAAGGGCUACACGGCCCAUCCGCUCUUCGACAAGCUCAUUUUUUCCAAGGUGCAGAAGAAGCUCGGCUUGGACCGCUGCAUGGCGAUUGUCACGGGCUCGGCGCCGGUCGCCGACGACGUCUUGGGCUUUUUCCGGUGCCUCUUUUCGUGCCCCGUUCUCGAAGGCUACGGCCAGAGCGAGUGCACGGGCGCCGUCAACAUCACGGACAUCAACGACCUGACGCCUGGCUCGGUCGGCGCGCCCCUGUCGUCCUGCGAGAUGAAGCUGGUCUCGGUGCCCGAGAUGGGCUACAACGUCUCCGACACGCUCCACGGCGACAGCGACGAGACGCGCAUGCCUGUCAACGGCCGCGGCGAGGUGUGCUACCGCGGCCCGUCCAUCUUUACGGGCUACUUUAAGGACGACGCCAAGACGCAGGAGGCCGUCGACGAAGAAGGCUGGCUCCACUCGGGCGACAUUGGCGUCUGGACGCUCGAUGGCCGCCUCAAGAUCCUCUCGCAGGGCGAGUACGUCGCCCCCGAGAAGAUUGAAAACAUCAUCAAGAGCAGCGUGUACGUCGCGCAGCCGUUUGUCUAUGGCGACUCGCUCCACGCCGUCCUCGUCGGUAUCAUUGUGCCUGAAGAAGCCGAGAUCGAAGCGCUCGCCAAGUCGCUCAACAUCUCGGGGACGUUCCAAGAGCUCUGCGCCAACCCCAAGAUCAACGAGAUUGUUCUCAAGGACAUUGUGGCCGUCGGCAAGAAGGGUCUUCUCAACGGCUUUGAGUGCGUCCGUGCCAUUCUUCUGCACCCGGAUCCGUUCACGGUCGAGAACGACCUCUUGACGCCGACGUUCAAGAUCAAGCGCAACGACGUCAAGAAGCUUUUCAUCAAGCAGAUUGACGCGCUCUACGUCAAGACGGGCGACGUCGUCGCGGGCAAGAACGUCCAUCAGCAGUAA